CAAGAUCGAGGGUUAGGGUUAGGGUUAGGGUUAGUUCGUCCAGUCAAUCUAUUAUGUAAUAUUUUAGUCAUGAAUGUCCCAAUUUGGAACCCCCGACCACGGUGCCAUAACAAACAAUCAAAUGGCGAGCGUCACACCCCGUCUCGUCUUGAAGCCGCAUUUUGAUACCCCGUGUCUCUGCAUGGAGCCCUACAACAUCUAAUUAUUUUUAUUUUAUCAAGCUGUUGUAAUUUGCCCCCCAUGCCAGUCGCAACACGCAGCUCAUCCCGGCCUUUGGCAAGCUCCAUUAUUCCUAACUCCCCUGCCAAGCGAUGGCGGGCGGAGCCCCAUUUGCCAUCCGAGCACCCUAGGGGACCAGCAGAGGAAGAUCUAGAUGAUAUUGAUGGAACAACGCUGCAUCAGCCACCUCCAGAGAGUUCAAUAUCAAGUGGUAGCGAUUCGGAUCCUGAUUCCGAUUCUGAUAAUCCUAUCAGUUCCGUUACCCCCAUUAAUAAACAGAGUGCCGGGUUUUCAAGGACAAAGAACCCCCAUUCCAAUCCUUCGCCAACUGUACGCAAAGGCCCUUUGAGCUUGCCGGUCAAAAGCCCUAGAGGCAAGGGUGUGAAAAUCAGCCAUGUGGAGGUGCCUGCGUCUCCACUGGACAAUCCGGACAUCCGUUUGUCCCCUCCCCAGAGGGCUCAAAGGACGCCCUAUCAGCUGAACCCUCGUCUAAUGCUAAAUGCCUUACCUAAAUUGGAGAGGUGGUCAGACAAGAUAUUGCUUCUCUGGAGCCAAUACGGCUCUUCAUAUUCCCGGCUUAAGAGACACAUCACCAAUUCUACUGUCAAAAUCAAAAUCGAAGAAAGCUGGGGAGAUAGCUACCUGGGCUAUAAAAGGCAUUUUGGGGAUAGACAUUUUAUCAAUGUCGCCAGAGCUUUAGACGCGUUUCCUUCCAUCGAAGACCUAAACUGGAGCCCCACCGGAAUAUAUCAGAAAGCGAACCUCGCACAAUUAACGUUGGAUAUUAUAUAUUUCUGCAAUGGGACGCGGUCUGAUUCGCCUCUAGACAUAAUCGACAGUUUAUUCCCCUCUCCUUUCAUCCCGGGAGAGGAUGAACCACUCAGUGAAGAUACCACACGGCGCAUUUUUGAGAUUGGCCUGGAAAUUCGGACACAGCGGUGCAUAUUGGAAAUGAUCGAGUCCGGGAAGGAAAAGAAACCCGAAAGUAUUCUGAAAGAUAUCUUCUAUGGAGAUAUCUUCGAGGAUAGCCCAUUGCGCGGGUGGGAAGUUGACGGCCUUGAUGAAACCGACCUACCCGAGGAAUUUCGCGAUCGAAUCGAAGAGAGGAUCGGAAAUAUACGAGAAACAUUCCGGGAGGAUGACACAGCGGUGGAAAUCUCUCGCUUGAAAACUGCAUUCCCAUGGUCAGAAUUUGUGGUCCGAGUUGCGUCAUGGGUACGAGAGACAACCGAUCAGAUAAAUGACCAAUUGAAAGCCCAAGACGACUGCAAUACUGCCAUCGCCAAACUUCGGUCAGAAUUCGAGCCUAGGGCCAUUCUGGACCGGCAGAAAACUGACGAAAUUUCCCAACGGACACCACCUUUGGAAAGUUCACCUAAAUGGAGCCGGGGCCUUCACAGGGGCGAGAGGAUAUUUCGGCCACCACGAGGCCGGGAGGGGUCCCCAGAGCUAGGCUCCCGGCCGUCAGAAGAUGCUGCAGUGACAAUCGAACAUGAACAAAUCCCUGAACAAGUGCAGACAGCCUCCCUUCCCGAAACUGCUGCACCCCAGAAGAACUUCGUAUCCCGCGCCCUACUCCGACAUUUUAGGCAGUUUAUGGAUCGCACGCAUACAACCGCUUCUACCACACAUCAACAAGUCGGAGAGGCGAGUAGACACACCGCUCCACCACCGGCAACAUUUCUUGACCGACAAAAGAAUGCCGAAAGAAUAUCUCCUAUCCAGUCAAGCCCUCUAGGGGACAGAGGCCCCAGAAGAAAAACAAAACGGGCCCGCUCGGAGGAGAAUGAAGAUGAAGAAAGUGCAUUUGAGACGACCUCUCGGCCUUCAAAGAGGCCACGGGUCGUCACUGAAAUCCGACGCCGAUCCCCAUCAAGAACGGCGGCAGAUCGGCCUCAGAGAGCAGUGUCGGUGGCCAGCUCAAGUGGCAGACGCCUGCCCGAGUCGUUGCAGAGCAGAGAAAGCACACCCACCCUGGAAGACAGGCCAACGGGAGGAAUUGUGCAACGCGUCCGGUGGACAAUCGAGGAAGAUCGGCAGUUGAUCCGCUUAGUUGGAAAAUACGGCUCAUCUUGGUCGCGGAUAAAAGCGGCCGACAGCAAUGAAGAGAAUCCAAAGCUAGAAAAUAGGAAUCAGGUCCAGCUCAAGGAUAGGGGUCGGCAGAUCACCUUUGAUUAUUUACGAACCCGACAGAAGCUGCCAAAGAAUUUUAAAAGGAUUAACAUUACCAAGCCGCAACGUAAAAGGCUAGAAGAGAUAGGAGUAGACCCCGAUAAGCGAGAGGAAUAG